UUCAAAGGCACUUAAAUAUGUUGUCUUGCCCAUUCACCCUCAAUGUCUUUCACCUGGUCAAGCUAUCUCAAGGUUGCCCAACUGGUGACCCGCGGGUGGCUUUAUUUGGCUCCCCAAGUUUGCUGAGCAAAAAAAAAAAUGUUUUCAUUGUUGUAUAUGAAAGACUAAAAACACCAGGAAAUCAGCUCUAGGUGAUUUUAAUUUUGGAAGUCUGUUCCCAAGUGUUCCCACACAACAGAGAUCGUAUACAAAUGUAAGCAAGGUUUUAAAUUAUGUUAGUCAAUAUCUGUUUGGGCUUCUUGCAGUCGAUUUGACAUUACAAAUGAUUUGUUAUUAUGUUCCGGCUGCCAGACCAUCCGCUCAAGACCAAAAAUCGGUACAUGGCUCAGUCUAGAUGAUCCCUGGUAUGUCAUGGAAAGAGCAGGUGUCCUUAAUGUUUUGUUCACUCAUUCUAAAUUCACUUUCAUCUUAUUCCAUUUUGAUAGACCGCAGCGUAUUUAGAAUGUUGAAUUUGUUUCAUCUCUCACUGAUGACCUGACACUCCCAUCCUCUGAGUUAUGUUUAUCAGAAUUUAACAUCAUAAUCAUUAUUUAGGUUACUAGUUUGUGUUGCUGUACUCAUCAUAUUUUCAACAAUUAAUUCCACUUAGAAAAGCUGAAAUUCUAUUUCCUCUAUUGGCAUGGUUUCCAAGACCAUUGAUGUUGAGUCUUUACUGGUAAUCUGACACCUUCAUCCUCUAUAUGAGCAUCUGUCUGAUUAUCAACAUCAUGAUCUGUAUCUAAGUGACUUGUUUGAUGUGCCAUAAUGAUCUUGUUUUCAUCAAUUGAUCCCACUUUGAUAGACAAAACUAUGUCCUCCAUUGGCAUGGAUUUCAAGUCCAUUGAUUCAGAAUCUUUUGUUUUAGCUUGGCCAUCAUCCUGCAUUCGGGCUCCCGAUUGAGUCCCAUAGGGCGUUGCACAAUUGGCCCAGCGUCGUCCGGGUUUGUCGAGGUAUGCCGUCAUUGUAAAUAAGAAUUUGUUCUUAAUUUACGGGCCUAGUUAAUUCAAUAAAAUAAAAAAAAUCUAGGUUCAGGCAACAGUAGCUGUACCCCAUAAAUGCCCCAAUGAUGCAAACUUUAAUGGUAUGACACAUUUGAGUUAUUUAACAGAUGCUCUUAUCCAGAGCAACUUACAGGAGAAAUUAGGGUCAAGUGCCUUGCUCAAGGGCACUGCUUGAUAUUUUUCACCUCUUUCUACAAGGAGUUUCCAAGGCUGACAUUUUCGAGUUGUCUUGAACGUGGCACUAUUUGUGGAGGGUUUGAGGAUUCUGAAACGCCCCUUUCACUUUGACAACUUCUAUGUUUGAAACGGUACAGAAGCAGACGUGUGGAUAUGAAAAUGCUCUCUUCAAACAUGUUAAUCCUAUUUGACAUUGGUUAACUUUUAAAACCAUCAACCAUGUUGUUUUUCAGAGGAUUAUAAUUAAAAGCGUCACCAAUAUACUUUAAAAUAAUACAGAAACUUAGAUCUUUGUUAAUUGACAAAACAUUUGUUUGCAUUUCGAGGUCGGCCGACUUUUAUUUUGAAAGAAGCGUAUGAUCACGUGACCAAGUUUGAACUAGCUUCAUUGCUGGCAGGUGCUGGGUUUCCACUAGAUUGUACGCCACAAAUUCAAAAUAGUCAGUCUGAGCGCAAAAUGGCUACAACUUGUUAUAAUAGGUUUCAGUCAGAAACAACAUCGAUUAUGGCAGUUGUCGUUGACACGGCAAUGACAGAAAUUAGCCGAUUUCUGCCCACCGUGCCAAACUCUUACCCUAACGUUAGCAAUCCGGAGAGAGAGGUGAGUAGCUGUAGCCGACAGUGCAAAUUGCACUACAGCAAAGACUAUGGAUCUCUGGCUACGUGACGGACGGAGUUGCGCUUGCUACGUAAUGUUUAACUUUAGCUAACUAGCUAAAGUUACACCACACAACAAUUAUUAAAACAAAUAUUUGGUUACACGUUACGUUGUCUAGUAACAGAGAGGAAGAGGUAAAUGGAGGCCUAAUUCGUCGGGAAGUCACACUCCCUACGGCAUGUAGCGUUUUUUCGCCAAGAAAGGAGUUUUUGUAUGGAGCUUUGCACAAUUAUGAAUCUUGUGACACGGGAGGCUAUUAGGAAAAUCUGCCAACUAUUCCUAGUGGCCUCCUCGAGUUUACAUAAUGAGAACGAUAAACUGAAGACCAAGGUGGAGCAGAUGGAGGAAGUUCUGAAAACCAAGGUGGAGCAGAUGAAUGAAGAUAUGAAGGCAUUGACUGAGAAGGCUGAAAAUUAUAGAGCAUCACUGGCUAAAAUGCGGGCACAAGCAGAACCGAAAGGACCCACACAUAUUCUGCUCAAUGGAAUGAUUUUUGCAAUACCACCAGUUGGUCUCCCAAUGUUGUCUGGAAUGACAGCGGCUUCAACAUUGCCAGGGAAUGUCAGUCAAGCAAAUCCGGUCACUAACGCGAUGUCAGUCUUUGCAGGUCCUGCAAUGGUUUGCAGUAAACCCACAGAAACUUCUUCAUUGGAGUGUGACUCUUCUCUGGGAGACACACAUGGACUGAAUACAGACCCCUCCCCAAGAGACACUGAAUCCAACGUUGAGCAUAUGAAAGCUGCUCUGCCAGAGGACAACGGGAGAGACAGCCAUGAAAGCCAGAAAAACAGCAAUACUACUAAAAGGAUACGAUCCAAAGAAACCAAAUGCUUCAAGUGUGAUAUUUGUGAGAAGACCUUCAGCAGGAACAACCUACUGGUACAACACAAGCUAACUCACACAAGACCCUUCAAGUGUGAUGUUUGUGAAAAGACCUUCAGCAGGAAGGGGUCACUGGAAGCUCACAAGCUAAGUAAACCAAGACCCUUCAAGUGUGACGUUUGUGAGAAGAACUUCUGUCUGAACCGCUUGCUUGUACGUCACAUGCUAAUUCACACAGGAGAGAGGCCAUUCGUUUGUGGUCAAUGUGGCAAAACAUUCAGGAUGUCCAAGCAGCUCGAACAUCACAUGUUGCGUCACAGAGAAAAAACAUUCAGUUGCAAAAUUUGUGGAAAUGUUUUGUCUACCAAGAAAGAUCUGAAACGACAUCAGCUUGUUCAUGCAGUGGAGAGACCGUUCAAGUGCCUGACUUGUGACAAGGGUUUCACAUCAAGGACUCUGCUUAUCGAGCACGAGAGAAUCCACACCGGUGAAAAACCGUACAGCUGUUCCGUAUGUGGAAAGAGUUACAGACAGCAUGGUGGUCUUAGUAUUCAUAUGCGACGACAUACAGGUGAACGGCCGCACCCAUGUUCUGAGUGUGGUAAGGGUUUUAUGACAAGCAGCAGCCUCAAAAACCACAUGGUUGUUCAUACAGGGGAGAAGGCAUUUACAUGUGAGACAUGUGGAGCUGCUUUUGGCCAUAAAGGAAACCUUGUGAGACACCAAGUGCUUCACACAGGGGAGAGACCAUACAAAUGUGAAGUGUGUGGGAAAAGCUACCUUCAGUCCACUGACCUAAAAGCUCACAUGCACCGUCAUGGGGCAACCAAACCAUUUAUGUGUGACCUAUGUGGAAAGACUUUUAUGUACAAUUUUCAAAUGAGACGACACCAUCUAAAAUGGCACACAGCUGAAGGAGAGAAGCAGAGGGAACGAAAGAGAAAAGAGAGAGCGAGAACCGCCAGGAGAGCGGGAACCUCAACAAAGCCAUUCAGUUGCGACAUAUGUUUGAACAGCUUCAGCUCCAUGCUAACUCUGAAAAACCACCAACAAGUUCACACGGGACAAAAGCAAUACUCUUGUUCCAUUUGCGAAAAGACCUUUGCCUAUAAACAUACUUUUGACUAUCACAUGAGACUUCACAGUGGAGUGAAGCCCUACGCUUGUAAAUACUGUGAAAAGAAAUUUGUUCUUAGGCAAGCUCUCGAAGGACAUGAGCGAACCCAUACAGGUGAAAAGCCCUUCAAAUGCAGUUAUUGUGACAAGACAUUUGCAGUCAACACCAAUCUCAAAAGGCAUGAGCGAGUCCACACGGGAGAGAAGCCAUUCAAAUGUGACGUCUGUGGGAGAGGUUUCAGCCAAGCCAACAAUGUCAAAGCCCACAUGCAGGUCCACACCGGAGUUAGGCCUUAUUAUUGCAAGAGAUGUGGAAAGGGCUUUUCUGACAUAAGACACUACAAAAACCAUAGCUGUAAUGGUGUGGCAGCGACACGUGAUCGGUCUUGUAAAUCUUCAGACCGCUCUUUCAGAAAUAAGAAAGGAGGUGAAGACAGCAGUGCUUGCCUUAAUGCUGCUGUGAUGUAGACUCAGUCAGGGGCAGAAAUCCCGGGGGGGACACGACCCCCCCCCCCAUCCUGGGAAAAAUAUGAUUUGUCCCCCCCAUAUAUCACUCAAACAUAACUGUAAUAUUAAUAAUACGCAAUGAAAGCAAUUGUGCUGAUUAUAGACACUUAAUAGCUCGUUUUUAAG